GCGGGGCGGAAAAGCCUGUUUACACAGACUGCACACCGCCUGGGGAAUAAUGCAGUAAAGGAAGUGAGCCGGCUCGGCCUGACUGCUCCAACUUCCUGCUCUCACACACACCAGAGGGGAAAAAAAAAAGAGGAGCGAGAGAAAGAAAAAAAAGGGGGGGAGAAAAUCAGGAUCUCAUUACAAGAGCAACAGACCGUCUGCAGACGCCUGUCAGCAUGGAAAGUCGGGGGCUUUCGCCCGGUUCCUCCUAGAAAUUCCCCCGAAGAAGGAUCUUGAAAGCUCCCCCACAUCUGGGUAUGGAGAGUGCAAUCACGCUGUGGCAGUUCCUGUUGCAGUUGCUGCUGGACCAGAAACAUGAGCAUCUGAUCUGCUGGACCUCCAACGAUGGCGAAUUCAAGCUCCUCAAAGCAGAAGAAGUGGCCAAACUGUGGGGACUCCGAAAAAACAAAACGAACAUGAACUACGAUAAGCUGAGCAGAGCCCUGCGAUACUAUUAUGAUAAGAACAUCAUCAAGAAGGUGAUUGGGCAGAAGUUUGUGUACAAGUUCGUCUCCUUCCCGGAGAUACUGAAAAUGGACCCUCACGCCGUGGAGAUCAGCCGGGAGAGCCUUUUGCUGCAGGACAGGGACUGCAAGGCGCCUCCCGAGGGCCACGAGGCGCACAGACACGGCUUGUCGGCGCUCAAAAGCACAAGCCGCAACGAAUACAUCCACUCAGGCCUGUACUCGUCCUUCACCAUUAACUCCCUGCAGAACCCACCCGAACCCUUCAAGGCCAUCAAGACGGAGAAGCUGGAGGAGCCGCCGGAAGACAGCCCUCCUGUGGAAGAAGUCAGGACUGUCAUCAGGUUUGUGACCAAUAAAACCGACAAGCACAUCAGCCGGCCCGUGGUGUCCCUGCCCUCCACAUCGGAGGCCUUUCUGGCCUCCUCCGUCUCAGCCAAGAUCUCCUCUUUAAUGUUGCCAAAUGCCGCCAGCAUUUCGUCCACCUCGCCCUCCUCGUCUCGGUCCCCGUCCCUGUCCCCCAACUCGCCCCUCCCUUCUGAACACAGAAGCCUCUUCCUGGAGGCCGCCUGCCAUGACUCGGAUUCCCUAGAGCCCUUGAACCUGUCCUCGGGCUCCAAGACCAGGUCUCCAUCUCUUCCCCCCAAGGCCAAAAAACCCAAAGGCUUGGAAAUCUCCGCACCUCCACUGGUGCUCUCGGGCACCGAUAUUGGCUCCAUCGCCCUCAACAGCCCGGCCCUGCCCUCAGGAUCCCUCACCCCAGCCUUCUUCACUGCACAGACACCAAAUGGACUGCUUCUGACCCCGAGCCCACUGCUCUCCAGCAUCCACUUCUGGAGCAGCCUUAGUCCAGUUGCUCCACUGAGCCCUGCCCGGCUGCAAGGGCCCAACACGCUGUUCCAGUUCCCAACACUGCUUAAUGGCCACAUGCCAGUGCCAAUCCCCAGUCUGGACAGAGCUGCUUCUCCAGUACUAAGCCUUUCUUCGAACUCUCAGAAGUCCUGAUGACAUCUGGCUACAAUUAAAGACUCAUUAACUGAUGAAGCGAAUUUGUCCCCAUGGGCUAGUUUACCUGUGUCAUGAGAAGGACUUUGUGAAACCCUCUGUUAAUUUGGUUUGCACUUUUCAUAACAUGGAUGGUCUAGAUAUAUGUUAGCAUUUUUAAAACUUUUUUUUUUUAUAUUCAAGUAUAUAUGAAAAUCUGUUUUGCAUUAAGUGAAUUUUAAUGUUUUUGUUUUUAUAUCCUCUUAGUCUUAAGUGUUGAACACUGUUGACAGUGAAGAACUUUUCUUAAUGGUUUUCAGUGUAACUAAUAAGGAUGUGAAGCUUUUUUCUCUUUAAUUCUGCAUAUGCUGAACUGUGCUUAUAUACACUAUAACCAGCUGUGCCUUCCUUUGCAUUUAGUUUUAUGUAACUGAUUUAUAUAUUUUUUAGUAUUAAGAGAAAAUGUUUGAAAGACGAAAAUUAGUAUCAAACAGCUCUCUAGUAGAAUUUCAUUAUUUUUCACAAGUAGGCAAUAUGAAAGCAUAUUCAUAUUUCUUUUUUGCUUUCAGUUAUAAUAAUUGCCUUAGAACCUCUUUUGAACUGAAAUUCAAUAAAUGUAAUAUCCAAAUAAUGUUUUUAUAAGAAGAAACGAAGCCAUAUUUAGACAAUAAACAU